GGCGAUGGAAGGCAGUGACUUUCGGUAGUUCCAUCACGUACCGUUUUUGCCAUGCAACCACACCUUAAUCCGACUUUUGGCAAUUUCCCUUAUGAAACAGAAAAUAAAGGGAGAAGAAAGGAAAAUUCUGAUCCCAUUUUCCCCUUUUUUUUCUCCCUCCUGAAAAAUGUUCACAAUUUUAGAGUAAUAAUACUUCCUUUCUAAUUCUCUACAGAUUUGACGUAACAAUGGGCGAAGGAACCUCAUCUUCUUCAAAGAAAUCCAGGAAACCUGAUUAUUCAAGGUUUACUCAGCAAGAGCUUCCUGCUUGCAAGCCAAUUUUAACUCCACAAUGGGUUGUCACAGCAUUUAUCUUCCUUGGCAUCGUCUUCAUUCCUAUAGGACUUGCCUCAUUGUCUGCAUCAGAAAAAGUGGUAGAAAUUAUAGACCGUUAUGAUGAGGAUUGCAUCCCUACAAAUUAUUCAAAACCAGAACUUGCAUAUCAUGAUAGGGUUACACAUAUCCAAAAUAAUAAGUCAAAUAAGACUUGCAUCAGAAACUUGAUAGUUCCUAAGAAAAUGAAGCAUCCUAUCUAUGUUUAUUACCAGCUUGAUAACUUUUAUCAGAAUCAUCGCAGAUAUGUAAAAAGCAGAAAUGACGAGCAGUUGCGGGACCCAAAGUAUAAGGAUGAUUUGAAAAAGACUUGUGCUCCUGAAGACAUGAAUGGAAAUGAGCCUGUGAUCCCUUGUGGACUUAUUGCUUGGAGUUUGUUCAAUGAUACAUAUGGUUUUUCAAUUAAGGGCAUACCUUUACCAAUCAAUAGGAAGAACAUUUCAUGGCCAAGUGAUAGAAAACAUAAAUUUGGGUCAAAUGUUUACCCUAAGAAUUUCCAGAAAGGAGGUUUAAUUGGGGGUGGAAAACUUAAUGAGAGCAUACCUUUGAGUGAACAAGAGGAUCUUCAAAUUUGGAUGCGAACUGCAGCAUUGCCAUUAUUCAGAAAGUUAUACGGGAAGGUGGAGUAUGAUCUUGAAGCUAAUGAGAAGAUUAGUGUGGUAAUACAAAACCAUUAUAACACAUAUACUUUUGGGGGUAAAAAGUCAUUGGUCCUUUCAACCACAACAUGGAUUGGUGGAAGGAAUAAUUUCCUAGGCAUUGCAUAUCUGGCGGUUGGUGGAAUUUGCUUAUUCGUGGCAAUAACUUUCAUACUUAUGUAUGUCAUUAAACCAAGGCCUUUCGGUGAUCCAGCUUAUCUGUCAUGGAACUUGAAUCCUACCGGGAACUGAGUGUCACGCUCUCUCCAAAUUUGAGUUUAGCUGUUAACACUAACUAUAUAUAUCUGUGCUAAUAUUCCAAGUGUACUGCAGCAUCUUGGGAUUUAAUUAUUGUAUUAAUGCCAUCGAUCCUGUUAAUUAUCAUUUAUCAAUUUAUUCA